UCUCAUGUAAGAUGUAACUGCAUUUUCAAGCACCAUAAAAUCAUUGGUGCAACAAUAUUUGCAUGUUGUUUGGUUGGAGUAUUCUUGAGUAGCUUGAAGAGAGAGAAUAUAUGGGAUCGUCGAGUAACGGCGGCGUCCCGCCGGGGUUUAGGUUUCACCCUACGGAUGAAGAGCUCUUACAUUAUUACCUUAAGAAGAAGAUUACUUUUCAGAAGUUUGAUAUGGAGGUUGUUAGAGAGGUUGAUUUGAACAAGAUGGAGCCUUGGGAACUCCAAGAGAGGUGUAGGAUAGGUUCAACACCACAAAAUGAAUGGUAUUUCUUUAGCCACAAAGAUAGGAAAUAUCCAACAGGAUCAAGAACUAAUAGAGCUACAAAUGCUGGAUUUUGGAAAGCCACAGGAAGAGAUAAAUGCAUCAGAAACAGCUUUAAAAAGAUUGGUAUGCGCAAAACACUUGUUUUCUAUCGAGGAAGAGCUCCUCAUGGUCAGAAGACUGAUUGGAUCAUGCACGAGUAUCGCUUAGAAGAUACUGACGACGACCCUCAAGCUAACCUUAGUGAAGAUGGGUGGGUGAUAUGUAGAGUAUUCAAAAAGAAGAACUUAUUCAAAAUUGGAGGUGAUCAAGGAGGAGGAACUACUACAAGUGCAACAUCAGAUCAACUACUAUGCAACCCUAGUGGAUCAAGCAACACCAACCAAUCACGUCCAUUUAUUCCUAGAGAUCAUACUAAUAACCCUCAUUACCAACAUCAUCUCUUACUACGUAAUAAUGAUCCUCAACCAACCUCAACCUUUGAUCUUUAUAGCAUGAAACCUGAUUUAGGGCUUCACAACUAUUCUCACCCUCACCAAAUAACAGCUCUUCCUCCUCAUGAUUACCCUACACAUCCCCACCACCUCUACCAAGCAGCCACCGCCGCGUGCGAGGCGGUGCCCACCGCCCUAGAGAUGGGCGCGUGUGAGCCGUCUGAUCCUCAUCAUCAAGGAAUUAAUGAGUGGACGAUGCUUGAUCGCGUUGUCGGACACCAACAAGAUGACCCUAAUGGUGAUCAACAGGGUAAUAACUUGUCUUCUACGGUACAUGAAAUUAACCAACAACAACAACUUUCUUUACGUGGUGAAAUGGAUUUCUGGGGUUAUGCUAAGUGAUAUAUCAUUGAUUUUUGUUUUGGGUUUAUUAUGAUUUUUAAUCAAUUAGAUUAUAUAUGUGAAAAUGUGAUGUAAAGUUUAAUGAAUCCCCAUGCACAAAAUUCAAUUUGUUUGCAUAUACUAUAUACAUUAAUUGUUUGUUGCAUGUAGACAAUUGAUUCAUGUUGCAUCA